UUAUCCAUCGCACGACAAAUCCGACAUGUGCCCCACUCUCACUCACUCAGUCAGUUAACUCAAUUUGACCACCUCCUCCUAAAAAGAUUCCCGUAGGAAGGAUUUCUAAUCCUGAUUCAUCCCCGCCGCGAGUUCGAUCUGGGCAGAAACAAUAGAGGUCUGAGGCGUAAAGAUGAGCUCCGGCGAGCCGGUGAAGCUGCUGGGCUCGUUCGGGAGCCCGUUCACGAAGCAGGCCGAGGCGGCGCUCCGGCUGAAGGGGGACGUCGAGGAGGACGAGUUCAUCGAGGAGGACGUCGGCAACAAGACAGCCCUGCUGCUCGCCAGCAACCCGGUCCACAAGAAGGUGCCGCUUCUCCUCCACGGCGGCCGCGCCGUCGCCGAGUCGCUCGUCAUCGUCGAGUACGUCGACCAGGCCUUCCCCGAGCCGCCGCUAGUCCCCGCAGACCCGCUCGCCAGCGCCGAGGCCCGGUUCUGGGCGCAAGCGGAGGAGACAAGGGCGAACCUGGCGCUGCUGGAGGCGCGGCUGCAGGGGUGGCGGUUCUUCGGGGGAGAAGCGGUCGGGUACCUCGACCUCGCCACCAGCGCACUCGCGGCCUGGCUGCCCGUGCUGGAGGAGCUCGCCGGAGUCGGAGCGGAGGGCACGCUGAUGGGCGAGGAGGAGUUCCCGGCCCUGUGCCAGUCUGCCCAGUGGCGGAGCGAGUACACUUCCGACGAGGCCGUGCGGGCGUGCCUACCGAGCCGGAGCAGCUCGUCGCCUACUAUGCCGCCAAGAAGGACGGCUUCGUCGUCAGAGGCAAGUCGCUGCAGAAGCAAUGAGUCGAGCUGAUCCUCCUACGGACCAUGAUGCCAUUGUGAGUCGAAUAAUCUCCUAGCUGAUGAAUUGGUGUGUUCUCUAUUGAGAUUUCAGACUUCAUAAGAGGACAGAAGUAACGAUCAAUAUAUGAUGAGUUGCAAUA